CGUCAUGAUGACCACGAGGUUAGAAUGCGUGAAAAACACACAUGUGGGUUGCCUUGUCAGACCCAGAAAACCGACAGAUCUGUUUUAAAAUACCCGCUUGUUGUUUUCUCUGUUCUUAUUCGGUUUUUAAGGCGCACAUGUUAUAAUUCACAGCAAGACUGAUUAAGACAUUGCCUUGGUAAGCGCGUCUUUAGUAGGAUGGAGUAUUUGCCUGACUCUAAUGUAAGAUAUAAGGAUGUGGAUUACUGGAAUGAACGGUACCGGACGGAGGAGAGCUUCGAGUGGUUCGGGGACUUUACAAAAUUUGACCAUCUGCUCAGACAGCACGUGGGAACGGAAGAAAACAUUCUGAUGCUUGGUUGUGGCAACAGUGCUCUGAGCUAUGAUAUGUACCGGGCCGGCUACACCUCCAUCACUAAUGUGGAUUACUCCAAUGUAUGUGUGGAGAGCAUGGCAGAGAGACACAAGGACUGCGCUCAGCUCAGCUGGCUGUGCAUGGACGCCCGACGACUGGCCUUCCCCGAUGGUGUGUUUGAUGUAGUUUUGGAGAAGGGAACUCUGGAUGCCAUGCUGGUGGAGGAGAGAGACCCUUGGAAGGUCUCGGAGAACACGGCCCGACUGCUGCACCAGGUUCUCUUAGAGUUGUCCCUUUGGUGGUGUCAAGCCUCUCCAGCCAAUCAGAACAUAUCAGCUUAUGUCCAUAUGAAGAAAACAAAGCAGGUCAGUCGUGUUUUGAAACCCGGUGGCCGUUUCAUCUCUGUCACGUUUGCGCAGCCACAUUUUCGUAAGGGACUCUACGCUCGAGCGGAGUAUGACUGGUCUAUCAAGCACUAUCACUAUGGCAACAGCUUCCACUACUUCCUCUAUGUUCUCACCAAAGGUGAGGAGCUUAGCUCUGAGGAUGCUGCUCUGGAGAGAAGACUGCUUGAGGAAGCUGAGGCUCCACCCACCAAUAUAAGAUUUCAAGAAGCAGAUUCUGAGGACUUCCUGAAUAACAUUGGAUUAUAGGGAGUUUAACAUCUAUCAAUCAAGAGACUGCUGACAGAAGUUCUACAGCAUAAUUAAAUAUUUUUUUAGGCUCCUAUCCUAGCGCACCUAAAAUUACACUUCCUCUCCUUUUUUUUUUUUUUUUUUUGUGAUGUUAAGGACAACAUUACGCUGAAAUAAAACAAAACAAACAGAGUACCCUCCCCUCUGGGAUCCUGUAAACUUUUAGAAUUACAUGUUUGACUUUUACGCCACUCUGUAUCCGUUUAGAAUUGGGUCAGUACUUGGAACAACUAUAUGCUUUUAAACUAUUUCUUUUUAAAUAUCUUGUAUAUUCUUUAAAAGCCUUUUUUUAAACAUGCUUUGAUGUGAAUUUGUACUCUGUUCUGUAUUUUUUCUCUCUCUCUCUCGCCGUCCUAUUUCUCUGUUCAGUUGUGUUGAUUGGUAUGACAAGGUUGAGUGCUUGACACCUGCACAAUUGUGCAGAGACAAAUCUGUCACAAACGCUCCUCAAACAACAAAUAAACAGACAGACAGAAAACAAACAGCCCUGCUGUGUGCCAGAAUAUGACAGACAUGUCUGCGCUCUUUUGGAAGAGGAAUGGCUGCAGUGAAUCGGAGGAGGCCAUUAAUAAACCAGAAAUCAUUUAUUUUUAAUUUAGCUCUGGAAUGUAAUUACCGUCUAUUUUAAGGCUUGAGGAAGGUGCCUGAAUUUCAGAUCAGCUUCCUGUAUGUCAGUGUGAACAUAGAUCGAUUUUUAUAGUAAAUAGAGGAAAGUUUUUCUUAAACCAGGAGAGACCAAAACAUAUUUAAACCCACACUAUGUCAUGGAAUGGUUGCCAAGGUGUUAUGAGUUCUUUUUAGAAUUCUUUUUCUUUCUACACAAAAAGCCACCCCAAAAGAGAUAGUAGUUUCCCUAAAUAUGCCUUGGGGAAAUCUAUGGUAUUUUUUUUUAACCAUUAUGUUGUCUUUCAGGCAAAAUCCAUCAGUUUAAUCGUUUGGAACAGUAAUAGAACACCUCUUCUCUGUAACUUGUGCAAUUUGAAGAACUCUUUGUGUCCAUGUGGGAUGCACCCAUAUUAAAACAUAAGGUUAUGGAUUAUGCCCUAACACUUGAAAAAGUAAUGGUGAGCAUGUACCAUUAAAUAGUAGCAGUUCACAUACCAGUAGCAGUUUCAUAACCUUUUAGUUCAGAGUUGAUUGUGUCCAGAUUGAAUGUGUUAUCUGUGAAAGCUGAUGAUGUAGUCACAGGUCUUUCCCCUUCACUGAAGCACUGAGAAAUGACGUCAGGGCAGGGACCGUAUCAGAUGGACGCUGGUAUCAGGUGAGCCGCACGUAUCGGGUGUAGAUUUAUUCUGUGAUCGUAUCCUCACGACAUGCUGUGUGGCAGUUCUUCAGGAACCAAGUGCUGCCUAAACACCAUAAAGCUGCUGCAGAGAACAGGAGACCCUGAUUAGUCUAAUGGCUGGUUAUGUGUUGUUUACCCCCUCGCAAUGCAAACCCACACGCAAGCUUUACUUCAUAUCGACAUUUAAGAUCAUGAUAUUCAAUAAUGUACUUUUGAAUAAUUGAUUGAGUAUUUUCAGAAGUGUACCUGUGAAAUACUUUCUGAGCUAUUUUGUCUUGUCUUGGAGAAGAACUGGAACAGUUAUAGUAUGGUACUCAGCAAAUUAAAUUCUUCAUGUCAUGGACGUUGUUAUUGACAACAAUAAUGCCUUGUUUGAAAGUUGAAAAACUUUGAAAAUGCCUUGAUUGAAUUAAUUUGGAUAGAUGGUUGAUGCAUGGAAGGAUAGAUGGACGGACAGAUAAACAGUUGGAUGGAUGGGUGGAUGGAUAGAGUGAUGGGCAGAUAUUCAGAGAGGAGGAUAGACCGACAGAUAGGUGGAUAAAUUGAUGGAUGGAUGGAUAGACAGGCAAAUAAACACAUAUGGGUAGUAGAUGGAUCGAAGGACGGAAAGACGGAUGGAUGGAUGGAUGGGUGGAUUGAUACAGACAGAUGAAUGGAUGGAUUGAGAGAUGGGCAGAUAGAGAGAUAGAUGGUAAGUUGGAUAGAGAAUGAGGCUUUUUAGGUCCAGAUGGUGUAUUUACGACAUCUAUCAGCAGAGCUAAACAGACCGGCUAACCUGCCAAACCUUGACCCCAUUGGUGCAUCCCUGCCUCUAGUUUACAGACAGAUUGUUUUCAUGAGACAAUGUUAUUGCACACACAAGAAAAGAAUCAGAAAUUAUCAUUUGACUCUUCAAUAUCAUUCAUCAAAGAUUGAGAUCCUUCUUUUCAACAAAGCUCAUGUUUCUGUUCUGUUGUUAAGCAGGAGGAGGGGUCAGGACACACCAUUACAUCACCAGAAGCGGCAGUCUAUGUGGUAUUGAUAGCAGACACAUAAACCCCUGCUUAGAGCCAGCCAGCUCCAUUGACAACAAUGCGUAAUGCAGCUUAGUGCAACAUUUACUCUAGAGACGUAUAUAUCUAAAUUAAAUUGAAACUGAAAUUUUGACUUAUGCAGGUUUUUUUUUUUUUAUCUAUAUGAACUAGGUCAUAUAAUGCGUAUAAAUGAAUGGUGUGGUUUCAUGAUAACACAAUAUUGUUUAUAUAUUUACAGUAUGUAAUAUUUCCAACUUAUCAAUUAACACUAUUUUGGAACUGACAUAAGCUUCUAAAUAAUUAACACCUUUCUGAUGUCUAAUAUAGCCAAAAAUGGGCAUAUAUUACAAAUAUUUGCAGUCACACUUCAUUUUAAGACCCAAUUCUCUAAACUAACAAAUCAUUUACUAUGACUUUUGCCUUAAGGGGGACCUAACACACACAAUUUCACUCAAUCUCAUGUUAGUCUUGAGUAGAGUAGUACUGCAUCCUAUAUAUUGCAGUUCUAAAUCAUGACUGGGAUAUUUUAUAGCUGGGACCGCCCCAUCUUUCAGUAUCAAAUGCUGUGCAAAAAUAGAGCGAUGAUCGGGGACUUAUUUAUAAAUCGUUUAUCAACAAACACACUUGGGAAACCGCGCUGCUAUCUGGUAAAUCAAACUGCAUUCACUGUUUACGUAGCGCUGGAUUCUUCAGGAGGCUGAACAUCUUUCCCUUACAACCAAAAACACACCUCUUUAGAGACAUUCUUCCCCAGAAAGUCCCCUGCAGCAUUGCUAAAGGAAAUGUGUUGAUGGGCACCCUUUUGCUCUCACUUUGUUGGAUGUGUGUGCGGGAACACUCUUCCGGAAGAAAUGCCCAUAUAAGGAUUUCCACCCCUUCCUUACGUCAUGAAGAACCAUGAUCGGAAAAAACUUUUUUGAAACUUGUAAGAAACCCGGAAGUGUGUAUUUAGCACAGAAAUACUCUGUUAUACAUCCAAAUCAUUUUUUUAAACUUUGGCCAUGUUUUGCAUCAGAAUCCAACUCUAACAGUGUAAACAAUUUGGAAUGCAUAAAACAACAUUGUACCAACCCCUUUAAUAAACUCAUAAUUUGCUGCUUAGUAAGUUAGUUGGUUAGGAUUAGGGAUGUAGAAUAUGGUCAUCCAGAAUAUGUGCUUUAUAAUUACUAAUAAACCGCCAAUGUUAAUUAAAAGCAUGCUAAUAAGCAAUUAGUUAAUAGUGAGAAUUAGUCCCUAUACUAAAGUGUUACUGUAUUAUCGAAUUUAGUACAAACUAGUUUUUUUUGGUUUAAGUCAAAUUGUGUGCUUUUAAUGUGGUUUGCACAUGUUGUUUUGGGUCUGGUUUUGGAUGGAUGGAUUUUAGAUGGAUGGAUAAAUUGAUUUUUGAUGGAUGAAUUUGUAGAUUACUUUUAUUGGUGUUCUUCAAACUUUGGUUCCAAGUUGAACACCAAACUGAAACACCAACAAUGCAUUGCAUCAUCCAUUACAUUUCUCUGUCUGUCAUUUCCAAUUCAGCUUCCUUAAUGGUGUGGCUAGUUCAAUUCAAAUUUAUUUGCUGUUAAUUCAGUAUAAUGGGGAGUUUAGGUAAUUCCUGGCAUGUAUCUCUUUAAUUGUAUAAUGGUGAAACAUACAAAAGUAAUUUUUUUGCUGAGCUGCAGAAUUCUGGAACAACAUUCCUAUUCCUAUUCCUCAAGCUACUCCUAAACUCAAAGCAAAAUGAUAGGAUGAAUAUUAAGUCCCAAGCCAAACCCUAAACCCAGUACUAAAAGAUGAUUGGUUGACAGGAAUGUUGUGAAACAACCAACCAGAAUGUAAAUCCUGGAUCAUGUCCUACUUGUCCUUGGAUAAUCAUGGUAAGCAGAUCCACACUGAGCCAUGCAAUGAAUGAGAAUCUGGUUUGUAACAUUACUUUUGCUCAUCAGUUCCUGAUGUCUAUCUACAAUGCUUUUUAAAAUUAAAAAAUGCCAAAAGUAUGAGUAUUUAAUUUUGGCAUUAUGACAUAGAUAUCAAUUCCUCUGUGGCUGAAUGUGAAUCUGUGCAUAUUUAUGGUAAAUACAAUCCAGUUUAAACACUACACUUUGAUUCACAGUGGCGUUAAAUGAGAAUUUACUGCAAGAAAAUGUUAUUUAUCGCUAAUGAUGGAGAUCAAAGUAGCACCAAAUGAAAGCUACAAACGGAUGAAUCAAGAACAGUAGUUUUUAAUCAAAUGUCUUUCUUUCUCUCGUGCUUUUUUCAUUUCUUCGGGCAGAGAGCUCAUUUUUUGAGAAUCUUGGAAUGUCAUCUCUCCUUCUUUCUUCCAUUAUCACAUUGUCAUUAUUUGCUGAGAGUUGGGCUUUCCAUAUUGGGUCAGGCCACAGCAUCGCUCAGUCAGUCCAGAGCUGCCGUGGGCCGGCUGUCUGUUCAGAUAGUGUAUCAGUAAUCUCCAGCUCUGAGCAGCCUGUGUGAAGCGCUAAGGAUUCCCCUGAGCAUUGGAGCCUUUCAGGAACACUGCAACAGCCAUGAAGGUGAAUUAAUAGACUGAGUUGGUGAAGCUAGGUGUCCUUGACUGCUCUUGAGUGACUGUCUGAUGAACUUUCUGCUGUGCAAGGAUCUCGUCUCACAUAGAUGUUGGGAUAACUGCUGAUGUUAAACUGCCAUUGAUCAUCUGAAAAUCAUUUGGAAAUUUUAGUGGCCAAACUUGAGCGCGGGUCAUAGAGUUAAAGAACGUUAUCAGGAUUGGAUGAGUAUUGGAGUUUAAAUUGAUUUAGGUAAGCCUGACUUGUUUGCAGAUGGAUCCUAAGCCAAAUUGCACACAUUGGAUAUAGCUGACCCGAAGCCCACUCAUGGCCGCAUGACGGCACAGAUCACGGAUAAAAGCCAUUGAUUCUCUUGCGGUUGAAAUGCACACAUUGUAGCGGAGAUCUGUGUCUGACUGUGUGUUAAGAAAAACAUCAAUAUUGCUGUAAAAUCUAACUGCAUUUCAGAGUGUUUAGAGUAAACAGAAAGCAGUGUGUGGCUUCAUCCAAUCUGUGUAGAAACAAUAUUCAGUUUAAAUGAACAACCUCAAUAGAAAAAAUGACCUGAAAUCACCACUAACAUCCUGAUUGUGUUCUUACUUGGUCUGCUUACUCGCAAGCUUGAUUUUAUUGUGCCACAUCUUCUUUUAAAGGGAGAGUUCACCUCCAAAUGAACAUUAUGCUAUCAUUUACUCACCCCCAUGUCAGACCAAACUUGUGACUUUCUUUCUUUGUAUUGUAUAAAGCACUACAGAAAUAAAGGUGACUUAACUUCAUUUUGGGGUGUACAGUACUCUAUCCCUUUAAAGAUUUCAAGGAAAUGGUCAAAUUAUUUUCUUGACCAAAUACAUCAAGACCUAAAAUCCAUCUUCCAAUCCAUCUUUCGAAGUGUAGAAGAUCCUCCAGUAAAAGAAGUAGCAUACCUCAAAGCUCUCAUAGGACCUUAAGCCACAAGAACAAUCUUCGUCAUGACUGUUGGUUUAGCCUGAAUCCCUCUGAGUGUGAUUACAUGGCCAUCGGAGCUGGUUCCAAACUUCACCAUGCGUCCUUUGAGAAAUACAGGCCUGAAAUGCACUAACAUUUUCUCCAUACGGCUUCAUCCUAAUAGAAGACUCCAGCACUAAAGAUCUGUGAGAGAAGGAAGGAUUGCAGUUCUCUGAGCUCCACAGGAAGAUACAUCCAUCCUGACAUGAAUUAUAUCGAAAUAUGAAUAUUUCAUUAGACUACAACAGCUUGAUCUGGUCAUUGCUCCUGGAUAUUUUUAAAUGUCAUCAUACUUGUUUAAUCAUGUGAUGGAUAGUAUUUGUGCCUUGUUUAUUGGGCAGGCUGUGCAUGUGUCGUGAUGACCUCAAAAUCAAUAUUUGUGUCAGACUUGUUUAUCUCUUUGUAAUGCAGCCAAAUGACGACAGAAACGCACAUCUGUAUGUUCUUCCACCAUUUAUUAGUUCACCAAAUACAGUGAAAAUGGUAUUUUAAUAUGCAAUGAUUCAUUCUUAGAAUGUCAUGACAUUUUUGUUGCUUUUUUUUGCUUAAUAAAACGAUGUCCCAUUAUUGAAAAGUAUUAAGGUUUCAUGCACAACAAACCAUAGUCAGUUUCUUUAGAAUAAUGGUACAAAACAAAGCAAAAA